AUGUCAUCCUCAGUCUCAUCGGCAGAUCCUCCGGGCAAGCCUCCCUUAAAGCGGCGCAAAAUCCGCAAGGGCACCUUCAGCUGCUGGGAGUGCAAAAAUCGCAAGACCCGCUGCGAGUUCAAGACCGGCACCACCUGUGCCUCUUGUCAACGACGAGGUCUCCCAUGUAUAAGCCAAGAGUUUAGCGAGAGCGUUGACAGCGCUUAUAAAGAAGUUGGGCAACGCCUCAAUCAGGUCGAGGCCUUGGUCAAUCAACUGGCUCAGUCGCCCUCUCAAAGUAAAUCUCACGAUAUACACUCCGAGACACUGGCCAAUCGCUCAAAACGGGCACUGCCGACUUUGCAACAAGUCAGCCAUGAGCGGAUGUCGAGAGGGAGCUCGCUCAAUGGCUACCUCUAUUCCAUUCUUCCGCACCCGACUCUUGCCCUGUUGAUUUUGGACACUGGCAAGCUCUCGAGUCCACCUCUGCAAGUCCUCCAUUGCACCUCGAGAAGGCGCCCACUCCCGCGAUCAGUUGCUGAACAGGAUAUGCAGAUAACUGAUAUGUCGGCUACUGCCCAUCCCAUUCUCUUUGGUCGCAAGCUCAUUCAACUCGCACUCUGCUUGCAGCAGCUCGAUACGACUACGGCAAAGCAGAUCGAAAUAUGGCUGAAAGAGCCCGUCAAGGAUGCUGCAAACCGCUAUUUUGAUGCUGCUUCACGCUACGUCAUGUCCCAGGAUUGUUUAGUCGACUCCCUUGACGGACUCGAGACCCUUCUGCUUCAAGGCCGUUAUCAUAUCAGUGCGGGUGACUUACGUGUCGCUUGGCUCAUCUUUCGCCGUGCUCUGAGCAUUGCCCAGUUGAUGGACCUUCCCCGACAGGCCGAAAUAUCGAACCCUCGGGCUGAGUCUGUGUGGUUCCAGCUUAUUUUUAGUGACCGUUUCAUGUCAUUGAUGCUGGGUCUCCCUUUUGCAGUUGAUGACAAUACAUUUGCGAGCGAAAGCCAACUGGCGACUAACAUCCCAGCUGAGAGACUGGAGCGCAUUCAUGUCGUGGUCGCUGGACGUAUUAUUGCGCGAAACAUGCGUAUGCAGCGGCGCCGCAAGCAUGAAAUGAACAAGAAUGAUCGUGACUAUAAAGAGACUCAAGAUAUUGACGACCAGUUGAAAAAGGCGACAAGACUUUUGCCGACCAGCUGGUGGGCGAUUCCAAACCUGGAUAAUACCGCCACAGCCGCCGAAACAGCGCAAAGCUCUGCUAAACUCCUAGCACAGAUGCAUCAGCACUAUCUUGUGCUUGCUCUUCACCAGCCAUAUAUCGCCCAACGGAAUUCUGAAGAUAGUCGACUUUCAUCCGAUUUCAUAUAUAACAAACUUGCUGUCCACUCUGCAAGCUGCGAGCUACUCGCCCGCUACCUUGUGCUCCGCAAAUUCUAUCGGUCGUCUACAUAUCGGGGUCUCGAUGACAAGGCAUUCACGGCCGCUAUUACACUGCUUGUGGCUCACCUUGAUGGACACCAUCUUGGGCGCACAAACGUGCUGGAACAUCAGAGGCCGCACGACUUGGGUAUUAUCAGUAGGGUGAUUGAUUUGAUGGAAGAAGUAUUGGCUCCAAAUAAAGAUGCACAGGGCACUUCUCGUGUCCAUAUCUUGAAAAGACUUACGGAUAUUGAGGAAGAUGCAAUGAAUGGCUCCGACUACUAUGCCUGGAAUGAAGAAAAUGCUACCAGAGAUGACGGCGAAGCCCAAGAAGAUGGCAAGACUCUGAAACUACCGAUUCCUUAUUUUGGCUCAAUUCACAUUGCUCCUCGGUAUAUGGCGAGUCCGGACCUUGGCUCGGUUUGGAUGUCAGAGCCCGCAACCAAUGCAACCAGCGGUGAAACCGACAACUUGGACAGCUCUCUCUUCCUCAACACCGCUGCAUGGGAUGACCAGUCCUAUAAUUGUUCUGACUACAAGAAACACUUGAAUCCGAUCCACGGACAGAUUCGCGCGCAGCAGAGGAUAUUUUCAAUACUUGGAUACACGCAGAUCAGACAGUGGAGUUUCUAG